CCAGGUGAUUUGUGUUGCUGCUAAAGCGCAGCGGCUCUCCUUAACGUUCUCCCUUGGUUUGGAUUUGGCUUAAAGGAGACGCAACAAAGCGCACAAAAUGGUCGCGCUCCAGGGCCGCUCGAAGAAAGUAGGUUUACUAUAGCUUUAAGAACGCGAAAACGGUGGCUGCUUCUUUAAGGUUAUAUCGGGUUAUUUCUGAAUAGAUAAUUGAGAAAACUUUUCAUUUUGCCAUCAAUAAAUCGUUGUGUAUAAUUUGCGAUGAGCCUGGCGCAUUUGCAGAAAAUGCCCCACAGUCGGAUAAAGGCCUCCCGACAUCAAAAUGUCUCGAUACUAGAUGUGCGCUAUUCCUCCUUUUACAAGUAAACCCUAUGGACUUUCUGUGGAACUGAAGACGGGCUGAGAGCGUUCUUGGUGAUGGAAGCGACGAACGACCGAAUUGAGGAUGUAAAUAAAGGCAGAGAGCUGGUGGAGCACAAGGCCGCAGAGGAGACCCCGGCCGCUAGUGCGGCCGUCACCCCGCGGCGAGGGCUUAGGGAUCGGGGAACCACCCGCACGAGAUCCGGCGACCCCGCUACACAAGCGGCCGUCAAUGGAGCUACGCAAGGCUCUGGAAGGGUAUUACGGGACCGCUCGACGAGGGCUGUCCCGGCCUGGCUUAAGGACAACAAAAGUGAAGAGGACGAAGACGAGGACAGCCUGGACGCCGGGGCCAGCAAGCGGAGGAAAGUUUGCAACUCUCGUCGGAGGAAAAACGGUGACUCUUCGGGGUCGGUGGAAGCUGGUGAUGGCGUCGCAGGUGACAGCCCGCAAGGCGGAGACUCUGCAGAGGAACCCAAGAAAGCCACCACUAAUGCUGAAGCUCCUGUCUCUAGGCUUUCUCCAGCCCAGAGUCGUGCCAAGCCGCCAUCCGGCAGGGCCGUCCGCUGCUCUGCCAAGCCAGUGUGCAAAGCUGAGCUCGGAAUAGAGAAUCAAGCUGCCGCUUCAGGGGAGGCGAACGUUAAAGAAAAGUAUGACAUAAAAAAUGGAGGAGAGAAGAGCGAAGGUGUCGGUGGUCAGUUUGCAGAUAAGGAGGACCCUCAACGUCAGGGUGACACAAAUGACUUGAACGCACCUUCAGUCUCACAGCCUCAGGGUGAAGCAGACGGGGAAGAGAUUAUAAGCAGUGACGAAGAUGUUCCCUUUAGAGACGAUUUAAAUGACCAGAGCUAUGACCCCAAGUCGGAAAGAAUUGUCGAUGCGCCCAAGCCAAAGCGCCGAGUGCUUCAGAGACAGAAGGACAAGAAAGAAAAAGAGAAAGCGCCCAAGAAAGAGGAGGCGGAAGAAAUAAUAAUGGAGGGCUCUGAAAACUUAGAGAAUCCAGAGAUGGAAGUGAAGCUUGAAGACGAAUUAACGGACGACCCAGAUGGGCCGAGGAAGAGGGGCCGACGGAAAAAAGAUGAUAAAACACCUCGGCUGCCCAAAAGAAGAAAGAAGCCUCCUGUGCAGUACGUCCGAUGUGAAAUUGAAGGAUGUGGCACCGUCCUGGCUCACCCUCGCUACCUACAGCACCAUAUCAAGUACCAGCACCUGCUCAAAAAGAAGUAUGUGUGCCCUCAUCCUUCUUGUGGAAGACUUUUCCGACUUCAGAAGCAGCUACUUCGUCAUGCCAAACACCAUACAGACCAGAGAGACUACAUCUGUGAGUUCUGUGCUCGUGCCUUCAAGAGUUCCCACAAUCUGGCCGUGCAUCGCAUGAUCCACACAGGAGAGAAGCCCCUCCAGUGUGAGAUCUGCGGCUUCACCUGUCGCCAGAAGGCAUCCCUCAACUGGCACAUGAAGAAGCACGACGCCGACGCCAGCUAUCAAUUUUCCUGCUCCAUUUGCGGGAAGAAGUUUGAGAAAAAGGAUUGUGUGGUGGCCCACAAAGCCAAGAGUCACCCAGAGGUACUCAUAGCCGAGGCGCUCGCAGCCAACGCCGGCGCCCUCAUCACGACCCCCGCGUCCAUGCUGGAGCUGCCGGUAAAUCCCGCGCAAGCAGAAGCGGCAUGCGGCGGCCUGGAACUGGUCCGAGGCGGCCAGGAGGGGCAGGUCCAGCCGCUGGGCCAGGAAGGACACGCCGGGUCUCAAGUGGCUCAGGUAGGUCACAUGACCCCGCAGGUCAGUCACCAGGUGGUUCUCCUGGGACAAGAGCAGGCACUCCACACCAUGCAGGUGCCGGUGACGAUUGCUCUUUCCCCCAUCGACCCCCCGUCGCCUGCCGAUCACCAGCAACAGACUCAACUCCAGCUCCAGAUGCCCGUCCAGUUUGUUCAACAACCCCCGCAACUCGCCCUGCACUCCCCGACGGUGAUGGCUCAGCCCCAACCUCAACUCCAGCCUCUUCAGCCCUACCCCUCCCAGCAACAGAGCCAAGGGCAAAUCGUUCAAAUGACCUUCCAGCCUGUCAGCCAGCCCCAGACUGCUAUGCAGCAGAUCCCAGUCCUUGCCACCUCUCAGCAUCUUACCACCCUGCAGACGACCACCUCCGGCCCCCCGCUCCCAUCUCCAUCCCAUGUGGCGUCCGACGGGAACAAUCCUGUGCUGUCCUCUCCACCAGCCAACUCCUUCCAUUCAACAGAGGGGGUGGGGGCGAGCACCGUAGCUUGGGAACAAAUGGACCAAGGGGACGUCCUGUCCAACAGCACUGCAGCAGACGUGCAGCGGAUCACCAUUUGAAAUGAGGAGGGUGCACGCAGACUAAAGUAGCCACAUGAUGCCACCUACAACAAUACUGUCAUGCAAAGUUAAAAGAUUUACGUAGGAUCACUAAUAGUCAUAUUUGUUAGCUUUUUUUUUUAGAAUAGCAUAUCAGGGAACUAUAAGUCCGUGUGUAACUUUGUACAUAGUAUUCCUGUAAGCUUUUUAUGUGAGUGUGCUAAUUGAGUGUUGUAACGCUAUUACAAUGAAUAGGCACUAUGAUGGCGUAAUUGGCGUCACAACAUAACAUCCGGUAUGCGUCCUCUCACAUACAAGCUUGAGAAUUAAAUGACACCCAAAACACACUGUAGAAAUCUAACAACCGAACAGGUUUGACUAAGUGUUAAUUAAGCCAUGUGUUUAUUUAUUAAGUCCACAAUAUAUAAUGACUAUUGAGCUGCCACUAACACAUAUGAGUUUAAGAUGAAUUUAGUUUUAACAACUGGAUCAUUAAUUGUUAAACAUCUUGUUUUGUCUAUAACAAAGUCUUCCGUCAGGAUUAAAACCGCAAUGUUUAUUUAUAUAACGUGAAAAUCGACUGUUCUUGUAAGUCCCGUAAAUUAAUCCGUCUUUCAUCGCUCAAGGAUUUCAGCUGAAGUGACAACCUGUACAGAUUGUUUUCAGUUUGGACUUUGUGGUCAGGAUGCUGUUGAAGCAGAUAAGCCAGCUCUUCAUUUGUAGGAUGUAAAUAAAUGUCUUAACAACAAA